UUUAUGAGUAUUACGGUCUAGGAAUACUGUUACGAUUGUUCCAUAGCGUAUCUGCUUUCACAGAUAUGUCGAUGAAGCAAUUCGUUAUAAUUAUAAUCUUAUGAUCGUUUUCCUGUUAUUAAAUAAGGGAGGACGGUCCCGCCUACUCCAGUGAUACUACCCAUGAUCCUUUGGAAGAGGGGGCGGGAAUUGGUGACGUAAAUUAAUGCGCAAUUUCUGUUUGCCCAAUUAUAUCGGGCCGUUCACUGUCACAGUGCUGCAGGGGUGUCGCAACUACUGCGCGUUUUACCUUUGGCCGCUUCCAGAAAAUGAAGAAGGAAAUCAAUUUAUGAGUUGUUUACAGUUGAUAUUAGCCAAACUCAAAAGCAUGGAGAGGGUGACGAGGGUUCUGGUGCACUUGUCGAAGGAAAACACCGUUCCUCAGUGUGCCCAGUUUGUGCAGAGUGUAACAGGACAUUUCACCGACCGCCACAAGGACCAGGUGCAAGUCGGCUGCUGUCUGGACGACAAUCGCUUCAUAGUGUACGAGCAGUGUGAGGGGAGAGGAGGCGCUGGAGUGGUGCUGAAGAGGGCUUCCUUUUGCCCUUUGAAGCACCUGUCGAAACCGGAAGCUGCCGCACUCCCGGUUGAAGUCCGGAAGCGUGGGGUGGAUGUUGGCGUCGCUGUCCUCCUGCAGUCAGCCGAUCGGAGGCUGCUGCUCACCAGACGCGCUUCUGGUCUCAGGAUUUUCCCCAAUGUGUGGGUCCCACCAGGUGGACAUGUGGAACUUGAUGAAAAGCUUCUGGAUGCAGGGCUGAGGGAGCUCAGGGAGGAGACUGGUUUGAAGCUGAACCCUGGGGACAUCUCCUCUCAGCUACUUGGGCUGUGGGAGUCAGUGUAUCCCCCCAUGCUCUCAAGAGGAUUGCCCCAAAGACAUCACAUCGUCACAUACAUGCUUUUACACACCUCGCUAACACAUCUAGAGCUUCAGGCGGCUUUACAGCCCGAGCCUGCAGAGGUCAGCGGUUGUGUGUGGGUGGACACUGACAUUGUCAAGGCCAUUGUGUCUGCUGUAGAUGGAGCGGAGGAUCCUGAGACAUUACCACCAAAUCUGCCACAAACUGUGAGUGUGACUGAGGUCUUCCCAGACGGCACGCUCGGUGUUUCGGCUCUGCCCCUGUCUGUCUUAUGCAACCGGGCUCCGGCAGAUGGAGAGGAUGUGGAGCGGGUCAGCACCGGUACAAAAUUUGCCCUGGAGCUGUGGCUGCAAACUCUGGAACUACAGAAGCAGCAUUCUGUCUGUGAGGAAGGCAGGAGACGCACAGGUCAGGGGCCUUGAUAAGUGUGGCUCUGGAAUAUGAAAGCUGUGACUUCGCAGACUGGACCAUCACAUGCGCCUUAUCCAGUUUGCCUCAGUCUCCAUGUGUUCAGGAUGUCUCUUUCAGGGUGCUCCUAUCACUGCUGCCUAUGCCUUGUGCACCAUCGGUAAACUAACAGCUAGGCUGAAUUCUACAGUUUUCCAUUUUUGGCAUUUGUUUAAGAAAAUAAAAGUUGUAAACGGGUGAAGGUGAAAAAGCAUUUCUGAUUUAGAGCCAUUAGAAUCAAGGGUGCAAAAAUGACAGGUAUUAUUGAAAAUGAAAAUUCUAACGUGAUAUCGGAUGUUUUAUGGUAUCAAAAACAAGCACUAAAGGUAAAAAAAAAAAGUAAAUUUUUUUAAGAUUUUCCAUCUAAAUUGAUGUAAAAACUAAACAUUUUUUUCAUUAAACUAAGUAUUGUUCAGGGAGUAUGAUCAUCUACCAGGGUAAGUGCCUACUGAUGCUUCAUAUUUGUAACAGUGCAGAUUGGCUUAACAUAAAUUCAUGCUGUCUUACUUGAUCUGGUAUUACCUUUAUUUUUGACAAUCUGAAGGUUCAAUAAAUGUUUGUCCCUGAAAUCCAAAUGCUUAAUUCAUGU